AUGAAACUGUCCAAGGGCGUCAAGAACCCUGUGUUCUAUGGGCAGCAGCCAGAGAAAAAGGUGCCAGUGUCCUCAGGGCAUGAGAUAAAGCAGAUCCCUGUGGUCCUGGCGAUGCUCAAAGGUCCGGGGCCUGCCAAGUACCUCCGGCCAUCCUGCACGGGCUACAUAGACCAUGACGUCUCCAUGUUCCAGGAGCCGGCCUAUACCCUGCAUGCCCAGCACUCGGAGAAGCGGAUCAUGGACAUACGAAGCCCCGGGCCUUGCUAUUUCUUGGAUCCUAAGAUAACUCGGUUUGGGAUGGCCAGCUGUCCUCAGGUUCCCAUGGCAGAGCACAUCUCUAAUCUGCGUCUGAGCCCCACCCCAGCGCCCUGCCAUUACCACCUGGAGAAGACCCACCCGCCUGGGGAACGCAGGGCUCCUGAGUACUCCUUUGGCUUCCGGUGCCCAUACCGAGUGAUGGACCCCAAUCCGGGCCCCAACCAGUACCAGAUGCCACUCCUGCUGGGGCCCAACCUCCCUGCCAACAAAGCUGCCCCUUGCUAUAGCUUGGCCCACUUGGACAAGAACUGGUUCUACAAGAAUAUGGCAACAGGCCCCGGACCAGCUGCAUACACCCGGCCGGAGCCGUCCGUCUAUCAGAACCGCGGCCCCGUCUACAGCAUGGCCAAGCGCUUUGGCUACCUGGCGGACCACACACCUCGGCCUGGCCCCGGCUCCCACAAUGUCCAGCAGGUCAUGGUACACAAGCCCCGCCCUCCCGCUUUCACCAUGGGCAUCAAGCAUUCGGCCCACCUAUGCCCGCUGAUCGUCGACGUUCGUGACUGA